UCCAAGAAACGUAAUACAUUUAAUUUUUGACUUUUUCUUAAAAUAAUAAACUAAGCCCUAAGACACCAAGUAAAGAAUAAAGUAAACAAUCUAUUAAGGAAAUAGUGUAUAUAUAUAUAUAUAUAUAUAUUAGAAAAUUCAAAAUAUCUUUAUAUUUUUUUAUACAUGCUAUGUGAUGUCCGGUCUAAAUCAUGUACAAAGAGUUCGUUUAUUGUAUAAAACUAUUUUAAGGCUACACCGUGGCUUACCAAAAGAAUUACAAGAAUUAGGUCAAACAUAUGUUCGUGAUGAAUUUCGUCGACAUAAAAAUUGCAAUCCUAAAGAAGCUAGAACAUUCAUGCUGGAAUGGAGUAAAUACACAUUGACACUAUCAGAACAGCUGUUAAAGAAUGCAAAAUCAGAUAUUGGUUUUGGUAAAAAUAUUGAUUCUCAAAAUGGUGUAUUAGACUCUUUCACAGAUGAUCAAAUUGUACAACUUUAUAAUUUAUUUAAAGAAACAACUGGAACCAAGGAUGAAACUAUUGAAUCUGAACUUUCAAAAUAAUUAAAUUAGAUGAUAAAUAUUGUGCCAAUAGAAGUAUAGAAAUAUGUAUUUAUGUUACCACUUACUUUAUAAGUUUGUUAGUUGAUUUUAAAUGGAAUAUUAUCGUUACUACAUGUAAUUUUUAAACCUGUUGAACAUUAAAAUUAUAUGCAUCAAUGUAUCGUGCUCUUAAAA